AUGGCUGCUGAAAACUUCGACUCCGUUCUAACAGUCACUAUAAUCGGCGCAGGACCAUGUGGCUGCGCCUUUGCAGCUGACUUGGCCAGCCGCGGAAAGUCAGUCAUGCUAUACGCUCAUCCCGAUCAUCGCGGCGGGACGGACAUGAUUGAAAAGAACGAUGGCUGGUUGAACGCAGCCGGAGAGAUCAGUGGAAAAUUCCAAAUCAAGACCACCAGCGACCUCUAUCUUGCCAUUAGACACUCUCCUUUUAUCGUGACCACAGUACCCUCAUAUGGACAGGAUACCAUCUUGACGUUGCUGAGCCAAUUCGAUCUGCGAAACCAUACCCUCAUCAUCAACGUGGGCAAUUUCUUCUACCUCUCUGCGCGCUCGAAGAUCAACGCCCAUGCAAUCCUCGAGACCGAUAUAUCCCCUUACGCCACUCGCAUCCAAGGCGACACGGUAUUCAUCAAAGGCUGCAAGAAGACUCUAUCAAUCUGGGCCGAGCCACCGAACACCGCACAGGUCGAACAACUUGACCCCGAGGCCGAGCUUGGCCUUCGACACAAGGUUGAGAUGAUAUUUUCCCAGAAGCUAGUGUGGUGUCAGAAUCUCCUCGAGGUUGGGUUAAACAAUGUCAACCCAGUCGUGCAUUGCCCAGCAGCACUCAUGAAUGCAGGCUGGAUCGAGGCUACCAAGGGUGAUUUCUACUUCUACGCCCAGGGAAUGUCGCCUUCUGUCUCCCGUGUGACUGAAAGGGUGGACAAGGAACGCCUGGCAAUUUCCCACGCCUAUGGCCUCGAGAUCACACCCAUCACGGCGUACAUGAACCAAAAUUAUAACAAUGAUCGGGAAUACUCCGACUACCACGAUUUUGCCUCCGGCUCCGUGGUUCACAACAAGACCAAGAGCUCCCCGUCCUCCCUGAAUCAUCGAUAUUUGUUGGAGGAUGUUCUCUAUGGCUUGGUCCCUUGGUAUGAGCUCGGUCUGAAGUGUGGUUUGGCUUCGCCGACUAUCAGAGCACUUAUCGAGAUGGCCGCUGUUGUUAGUGGCUUUGACUACUUUGAGCACGGAAGGACCCUGAAGUCUGCUGGGCUUGGUGAUGCCACUAAAGAGCAGGUACUUCAUGCUUUGGGUGGACCAGUGGACAAGACCCAUAGUGCCUACGCAGUUUUGUCAGACUUGCCCAUUGGUAGCAGGAUAGAGUUGCAUGCUCCACUACAGACGGCUCAAGUCGUGGCGUGA